AGGUUUAUAAAGCUCAGGGGCGUGGCAUGCAUACAGCUGUCAACAUCCUGAUGUAAUUUUCUCCAAAAUGGCGGAUCGCAAAGAAGAUGACAUCUUAUCAGAUAAGGAUGAUCCAGAGCCGGAGAGCGAGGACGAGACCUAUGAGGUGGUGGACCUGACAGAGUACGCCCGGAGGCACCAAUGGUGGAGCAUGGUGUUUGGGAAUAACUCUGGUCCCCUCGCAGAGAAAUACUCUGUGACCACGCAGAUCAUGAUGGGAGGGGUCACUGGCUGGUGUGCAGGAUACUUGUUCCAGAGAGUAGGGAAGAUAGCUGCUACUGCCGUAGGUGGAGGGUUCCUGUUGUUACAGAUAGCGAAUCACAGUGGCUACGUGCAGGUGGACUGGAAGAAAGUGGAGAAGGAUGUGAAUAAAGCAAAGAAACACCUGAAGAAGAGAACCAAGCAAGCAGCCCCUGAAAUUAACUCCUUCAUCGAGGAGGUAAAGGCCACAGAGUUUGUCAAGAGGAACAUCGUCCUGUCCAGUGGGUUUGUGGGUGGAUUUCUCCUGGGCUUGGCCUCUUAAGGGAGUCGGGGCCAAUCCACAACUGAGGAAGUUGUCACAUAGGAAGAAGGAAGCUGUCAUUAGUGUGAACUGAGUCGCCACACGGGAUGUUGUCAUUAACUGUGAAUCGUUGUCUUUCUCCCAGCACGGAAGGAGUCAUUAGACGGGUUUGGGAGAAAGAUUAACAUGUGAAGCUGCCAAUUUAUGCCCCCCUGGGUGCUCUUUUCCCUUGCUGCUGAACUGAUCUGAGUCUAGCUUGUCCACCCUCCUUUUUAUUAUAUUUAUCUGGUGGAGUCUGAUCCAGGAUCAGUUGUUUGGGCGUGUUGUAUAUGGACACCCUGUACCUGUAACCAACCCUCCUGGUCUUACUACACAACACAAGAAAGCAGGGUCGUGUUCAUCAAGGCAAACUGUAACAGAAACAAACAUUCUUAUUGGACAAGUUCAGAUAGUGCCGUUUCGGAGUGUUUCGUGCCUACUGAACACGACCCAGUACUACACCAUGUACAACACAUCAGUGAACAGACUAUAAAGGAUAUACAUUGUUCUACUUCAUAUUCAUCAUCAGCACUACCCCCAACAUCAAUGUAUGUGAAAAUGUUUUGAAUCGGCUAUAUAUAUAUAUAUAUAUAUAUAUAUAUAUAUAUUCGUUCAGCGUCAUAUGGUGUGCAUCAUGUGAUUUUAAUCAAUUAGUAGGCAAUGCCUACUCAUAAUUGGUUGAAAUCACAAUGCACACCAGAUGCCAUUAGAAAAACUCAUUUUGACUUCAAAACAUAGAAACGUGCCAUUUUCACAUACGUUGAUGUUAGGGUAGUGCUGGAGAUGAUGAAUACGAAGUUGAAAAUGUUAGAAAUGUCCCUUUAAGUGCACAACGCGACACCUCUUGAUACACCAUAAUAUACUACUAAUAUACUGCACCACACACUGGACAUAGGAUUACUCAGCCCCUGUCAUUCUGGUGCCCUCUUUUACCUGGAAGAACAGGUUUAGGAUCAGCGCUGUGUCCCAAAUGGCACCAUGGCCCAAGGGCACCAAUUGCCCAUAGGGCUCUGGUCAAAAGUAGUGCACUAUGUAGGAAAUAGGGUGCCAUUUGGGACACAACCCAGCUCCCCCUACAUUCAGACCGAAGUUUAACCACCAUGUGCUAUUCAGCAAAAUGUGUCUCCAGACCUGUGGUUACGGGGUUAAUAUACCAACACCUGAUCACUGCACCUUUGCUUGCCAAUGUACUGUAGGUAGUGCAGGUUAGUGUUUUUCAUCAUGAAUCUUGUUCUGGAGGCAGCUCUGCAGAGUGGUCACUAGCUGGCACAGCCACAAAGUCAUAAAAUCGUAUUUUAAACCGAACCUUAACCACACUAUUAACCCUAAUGCCUAACCCUAAUCUUAAAUUUAGACCAAAAAGCUCAAUGUAGUUUUCAUGAAUUUAUACAAUAU